GGAAAGCGUCUUUAGUGUGUUUGAGGUUGGACUGCAAGAAGACAACAAAGACGCACUGACUCCAUAUAUAUAUUUGCACAAGUGGAUGGAAAGACCCCAAAUGCAAUGGAGCAACUAAACGGCGUUGCAGAGAUCGGGCCAAUGUAAACUACAAAGAAAAGGAGAGGGGAAGAGGUGCCUGAAUGAGACAAGGGGGAAUGAAGAGUGUAAUUAAGAGUUUUGUUGAAGAGUCGAGACCUUUUUGCACAAUUGCGCGGAUUCGCUCCCAUGGAAAUGCGCAUUUGGCAAAAAUGACAUAGCACUCGAGAAAAUGGGAUUCCUCCAGGAACAGUACUCACUCGCGACUUGAAUGAAAAGAUAAAAAGGGAUAUUUUUUUUCUUCUCCUUCUUCUAAUAUUACUUGACAAGGCUUCGGCUGUGAGCGAACGCAGAUUAAAAUAUGAAUCUGGGCAAAGCACUUCUGUUUUUCCUCCUCUCAAACUGUGUGACAGUGACUUUCUUGCUAUCCACUUGCACCACAGUGGACAUCAAACACAUAAAGAAAAAGAGAGUGGAGGCCGUCCGGGGACAGAUUCUCAGUAAACUCCGAAUGACCAGUCCGCCUCAAACAACAGGUCCAAGUCAAGUACCGUUUCAGGUUCUGGCACUUUAUAACAGCACCAAGGAGCUCAUUGAGGAGCUGGGGAAAGACCGGCAGCAGAGUUGCGGACAGGAUAACACGGAGACAGAGUACUACGCCAAAGAGAUUUACAAGUUCAACAUGAUCAAUGGGCCACAAGAAAACAAUGACCUCCCCAACUGCCCCAGGGGCAUCACCCCCAAGAUAUUCCGCUUCAAUGUGUCGAUCAUGGAGAAGAACGCCACCAACUUAUUCCGGGCUGAGUUUCGAGCCCUGCGGAUCCCCAACCCCGGCGCCAGGAGAAACGAACAGAGGAUUGAGCUCUACCAGAUCCUCCAGAAAGAUGACCCCAAAGCCAAACAGCGCUACAUUGGGGGCAAGAACGUCCUGACCAAGGGAACGCCUGAGUGGGUCUCCUUUGAUGUUACGGAGACGGUGAGAGAGUGGCUGAUGAAUCGACGGACCAAUCUCGGCCUGGAGAUCAGUGUGCAUUGCCCCUGCCACACCUUCAGGCCUAAUGGCGAUAUAAUUGAGAAUGCCCAUGAGGUACUAGAGGUCAAGUUCAAAGGGAUGGAAGCAGAGUAUGACGAGCAGAGCCGUGUGAAAAGCCAAAAGGAGCAGCUGUACCCCCACCUCAUCCUCAUGAUGCUCCCUCCCCACAGGCUGGAUGCCCAGUCUUCCUCCCGAAGGCGCAAGCGGGCACUUGACACCAAUUACUGCUUCAACAAUUACGAGGAGAACUGCUGUGUGCGACAACUAUAUAUUAAUUUCCGUGAGGAUCUGGGCUGGAGGUGGAUACACCAGCCCGAAGGGUACUAUGCCAACUUCUGCUCUGGUCCCUGUCCUUACCUACGCAGUGCAGACACCACCCACAGCUCGCUGCUGAGCCUGUACAACACCUUGAACCCCGAAGCGUCCGCCUCUCCCUGCUGUGUUCCUCAGGACUUGGAGCCCCUAACCAUCCUCUACUACGUGGGUCGCUCCCCGAAAGUCGAGCAGCUUUCAAACAUGGUCGUCAAGUCCUGCAAGUGCAGCUAAACUUCAAGGUCUUCGAGGGAGGG